UUGUGUGUGUGUCAGUGUUCUUGUGAAUUAGAAAUUAUACAUUUUUCGUGAAUUUGUUUGUUCGUUUUGUGUAUUUGUAAAUAAGUUUAAAGUAAUUUUGUGCAAUAAUCCCCCUGCCCCGAGGCAGAUGCUUGUGUAGAAACCGAGACACUACCCCCAAACCUCGUCCGUGGCAAACUUCAUUCAUCGAUUGAGCCAAAAUUCGACCCAAAUCGAGCUCAGCCCAAUAAAGGUGCUACUUUUCGCAGUAUUGCUUGCAAUUGCUUGGCAAGAGGACGUGUGUUAGUGGGUCGAAUAGUUCCAGUCCGGAUAUGAGCGAAGCGCCAGAGAGCAGCAAAAAACGUCAAAAGACGUGCCUUCAAGUGGCGACGAAUGUGACCGAACAGAAGCACCAUGUCACCCGGGAGACGCGCGGCAAGAAUCUGGGCCUGUGCCGGGGAUUCCGAGGAUGCACAGUUUGGCUAACGGGACUUAGUGGUGCUGGCAAGACCUCUAUUGCCUUUGAACUGGAAGCCUAUCUGGUGUCCAGGGGCAUCCCCGCCUACGGCCUGGAUGGAGACAACAUCCGGACUGGGCUGAACAAGAACCUCGGCUUCACGCCCGCCGACCGGGAGGAGAACAUCCGGCGGGUGGGCGAGGUGGCUAAGCUAUUUGCCGACAGCGGUGUGGUAGCCAUCUGCAGCUUCGUGUCCCCCUUCGCCGAUGACCGCGAGAUGGCCCGCAAAAUCCACAAGGAUGCGGGACUUAAGUUCUACGAGAUUUUCGUGGACACCCCCCUGGACGUGUGCGAGACGCGGGACGUGAAGGGUCUGUACAAAAAGGCGCGCGAGGGUGUCAUCAAGGGCUUCACCGGCAUCACCCAGGAGUACGAGCGUCCUCAGAAGCCGGAGCUGGUGGUCAACACCCAUGGCUACACGGUGCGCGAGUCCACUCAGGAGCUGGUUACCCUGCUGGAGCAGGAAGGCAUCAUUCCACGUUCGCUGCGCGACGUCGAUCUGCUGCCGGAAUUGUAUCCCAGCGAGGCUAUUGCCACGGAGGCGCUGCGUCAUGAGGCAGAGUCGCUGCAGAGUCUGGAGAUCAGCACCGUGGAGCUGCAGUGGGUGCAGGUCCUGGCCGAGGGAUGGGCCUAUCCUCUGCGCGGAUUCAUGCGCGAGGAUGAGUACCUUCAGACGCUGCACUUCAACACCCUGCAGAGUGGCAUGGACGGAUCCUAUCGCGAAAACCACUCGGUGCCCAUCGUGCUCAGUGCCAGUGAGGCGGACAAGGAACGGUUGAACGAUUGCUCUUCGCUCACCCUCAAGUACCAGGGCAAGGCGGUGGCUAUUCUUCGCCGGCCCGAGUUCUACUACCAGCGCAAGGAGGAGCGCCUGGCACGGCAGUUCGGCACCAGCAACCCAGAGCAUCCGUACAGCAAACAGGUGUACGAAUCCGGCGAGUAUCUGGUCGGCGGCGACUUGGCCGUCAUCGAGCGCAUCCGCUGGGACGAUGGACUGGAUCAGUACCGACUGACGCCCAAUGAGUUGCGGAAGCGGUUCAAGGAACUGAACGCCGACGCCAUCUUCGCCUUCCAGCUGCGUAACCCCAUUCAUAACGGACACGCUCUGCUCAUGCAGGACACUCGGCGCCAACUCCUGGAACGAGGCUUCAAGCAGCCGGUUCUCCUGCUUCAUCCUCUGGGCGGCUGGACUAAGGACGACGAUGUUCCGCUCGACGUGCGUAUGCGCCAGCAUCAGGCGGUCCUCGAUGCCGGUGUCCUUAGGCGGGAAGACACUGUUCUGGCCAUCUUCCCCUCGCCAAUGAUGUACGCCGGACCCACAGAGGUGCAGUGGCAUGCCAAAGCUCGCAUGAACGCCGGCGCCAAUUUCUAUAUUGUGGGCCGUGACCCGGCGGGCAUGCCUCAUCCCGACAAGCAGGCCUAUCCAGACGGUAACCUCUACGAUGCAACGCACGGAGCUCGGGUGCUGAAGAUGGCCCAAGGCUUGGAUAGCAUGGAGAUCCUGCCGUUCCGGGUAGCUGCCUACGACAAAAGCGCCAGCAAGAUGGCCUUCUUCGAGCCGAAGCGCAAGGACGAGUUCGAGUUCAUCUCGGGGACCAAGAUGCGCACCCUGGCCAAAACUGGCGCCAGUCCGCCAGACGGUUUCAUGGAGCCAGAGGCAUGGAGCAUCCUGGCCACCUACUACCAGAACCUGCCGCAGGCGUAACCCGCCGGCCACGCCGUCAAUCAUCCACGUGCAAUUCCUCCUAGUUAUAGCUUGUGGGCCUAUCAUAUACCCAUGUGAUUACCGCCAGGCACCGCUACAUGUUCUGUCCCUCGUGUCGCAAUGUUUUCGUGUACUUCGUUUCCCCCAAUCCGAGCCUGUUUCCCUGUGUGUAUGUGUGUGCUUUAAACUCCUAGCCCUUCUCCAGCUAUCGAAGUGUUCGUAUCGUACAAUCUACUUGUAUUUAUAAUUAAGUUUUUGACAAACCCCUCUGUUUAUCUUAAGCUAAAGAUCGUCCAGUCGUUUCAAGGACAGUUUUUAAAAAAUAUACAAAUUAAUAUAA